AUGAAGGACUCAGCCAUUGACAGCGGUCCAUAAGGCCAAGACAUCCGGACGGGCUCAGCCUUGCAACCGAGCUUGAUCCAGAUCCAUGAGCAAGAGCAACUUCUUCAAGAUGUCGAACCACAAGAACCUCCUCCAGCCCGUCGCCAACGCCGUCCAGAUCGCCCAGGGCCUCGGCGAGCGCAUGAGGGCGAAGGGAGGGUUCAACCCGGCGGAGCGCGCGAUGGCGGCGGCCGAGGAGCUGAGUGUCGAUAUCAGGUUUGUGGAUAUUACGAUUCAGUUCAUCGGUGCCGCGAAUCUGCCGAAAAUGGACAUUGCUGGCACCGCAGAUCCUUACUUCCACGCACGGCUCGACAAGACGCUUCUCUUCGUGUCGUCCGUGAAGUCGGGAACACUCGCACCUGUGUGGAACGAAGUGUGGAAGGUCAAGAACGUACCGUCGACAGCGACUAUACAAGUUGACCUGCAUGAUAAAGAUAACGGCGCUCCUGUCGACGACUACAUCGGAAAGUUUGCGACCUCCGUCAAUGCUGGAGCACGUGAAAUUGAGAUUGAGGGACCUAUUAUAUCCAAGCACCGCGGCACGUUCUGGUUGAAGAUAGACUCGCAGCCUUCUGCCCAUGAUGCACGCUCUCACCCUUACCUCUUCGAUGGCCCAAUACGCUAUUCGAAGCACAGCUCUCCAACAGUUGGGGCCCUUGCGAACCUCAAAGAUACCCGGCUUUACUCAACGUGGAAGGUGUAUGUUAAGGGUAUACCACUCUUUUUUGGCGACACGGUCCAGCCGUGGAACAAGGACUACAAGGCCGCGCAGACGAUCUUCAAGGGCCCCACCUCGAUAGCGGUGCGCAAGGGGAUCCAGGCCGGGCAUCACCUGCUCUACGCGCGCACAAUGUCGAAUGGAUUUGGUGACCUUGACCAUGCGGGCGACUUCUUUGCGCUGCUCCACGGCGGAGACAAGCAGCUGGCAGGCACGAAGGAGACGCCGUUCGCAAAUCGGAUCAAGCCUGCCGUGUAUACCUACGUGAUUGCAGAGCAGGAUCAGUCAUUCCGGUUCUCGGAGACAGGAGCCGCGUUCUUCGUCGACUUUGCGUCCAAGCACGCGCUGCACUCGAACUGCGCCGAGAGCGUGUACUACAGCGGGGAGUUCCACCCGCGGCCUAAAGGCGGUUGGGACAAGUUCUCGGAUGACGUGCCGGACGACAAGGUGAAGUGGGAGCUCGUGAUCGACAAUAACUCGGGGACGUACGCGCCGGACCCGAAGAUGCUGCCGCAGCUCAAGGCGCUGAUGGAGUACAAUUUUGCGGACUUUGAUGUGUGCGCGCUGGACCACGGGGAUCCGGAGCUGAAGAAGAGCACGGAUGCGUGCAGGGAGUACGCGAAGACGGUGCGAGGCGUGUCGGAGAACGACCUGGAGCCGCAUGCAGCUGAAGGGGAGCAGACGCUGUGGCACCAGGCGUCGCAUGGGAAGGCGAUGCUUGGGGCGGCGGUCCAGGCGAAGAUGCACGACGCACCGUCAUAAACGUUGUGUUGUUGUAUGUCCAUUAUGUUCUGAUACGUAUUUAUGAAAUGGGAUUGGACACACAAGCUGUGAUGG